UAUAAACUCCCUGCGCUGUGUUUUUUUCCAAUCCAACUUUUGCAGAACCUACAGAGAUGGUAGCAGAGAGCUAAAGGACGGUAGCGAUUUGGCUCACUUCUGAGCCAAACAGAAGCCAGAACUCGGAGGGGUUACACCACAAAGAAGUACCCCCACUUCCCCUCUCCCUUCCCCCACCUUGUCAUCGGAAUCGGUAUCCAAGUGGCCCACAAGAACGGAUCAAACCCCACUAGCUAAUGAAGAAGAGGAUCAAUGCCUUGUUACAAAUCCCCCGAUGAUCUGAGGCAGUAAUGCAGGAGAGAGCCGCUCUCAUACGGACAGAGGCUCAAGAUGGCAGAAUUCUACUGAGUUGUGGGCAGCUGCAGGCUCGCAUUCUAAUUUUUUGCCAUGUAUAACCGGCAAUCUUGCACCGAUGGCCCCUAUGUACAAAGGUAUGGCCUCGCAAGUGCAGAUAUUAUCCCCUCAUACCCUUCAAUCAAGUGCCUUCUGUAGCUUGAAGAAGCUGAAAGUGGAGCCAGGUUCUAACUGGGAUAUGACAGGGUACGGAACACAUACUAAAGUCUACAGUCAAAGUAAGAACAUACAGACCGCACAAGUGGCAGUCAGCACAUCACUUCACAUAAGCAACCCCAGCAUUCCCUACGAGCAAACUGUCAUUUUCCCAGGAAGCACCGGGCACAUUGUGGUAACAUCUGCUAGUAGCACAUCAGGAGUGGUGCCAGUGUUAGGGCAGGCACUUGGCAUUGCACACAACUUGACACGUCGGAGUACUGUGAGCCUCCUGGACACAUACCAAAAAUGUGGUCUUAAGCGAAAAAGCGAGGAGAUCGACAACAACAGCAGUGUGCAAAUAAUUGAGGAACAUCCACCAAUGAUUCAAAAUAAUGCAAGUGGUGCCACGGUAGCGACAGCUGCCACUUCAACCGCAACUUCCAAGAACAGUGGUUCCAACAGUGAAGGGGACUAUCAUUUAGUCCAACACGAAGUGCUUUGCUCCAUGACCAACACAUACGAAGUGUUAGAGUUUCUUGGUCGGGGGACUUUUGGACAGGUAGUCAAAUGCUGGAAACGAGGCACCAAUGAGAUAGUUGCCAUAAAGAUCUUGAAAAACCACCCAUCCUAUGCCAGGCAGGGACAGAUUGAAGUCAGCAUUUUGGCCCGACUAAGCACAGAAAGUGCAGAUGAUUACAACUUUGUCAGGGCGUAUGAGUGUUUUCAGCACAAGAACCACACUUGCCUAGUUUUUGAGAUGUUGGAACAGAAUCUGUACGACUUUUUAAAGCAGAACAAAUUCAGCCCCUUGCCCCUUAAGCACAUUCGGCCUAUCCUGCAACAAGUAGCAACAGCACUUAUGAAGCUGAAGAGUCUUGGACUGAUCCAUGCUGAUCUCAAGCCAGAAAAUAUUAUGUUGGUUGACCCGGCUAGGCAGCCGUACAGGGUCAAAGUAAUUGACUUUGGUUCAGCAAGUCACGUAUCGAAGGCAGUGUGUUCAACCUACUUGCAGUCCAGAUAUUACAGAGCUCCUGAAAUCAUCCUUGGUUUACCAUUUUGUGAAGCAAUCGACAUGUGGUCACUUGGUUGUGUCAUUGCAGAAUUGUUCUUGGGCUGGCCCUUGUAUCCUGGUGCUUCAGAAUAUGAUCAGAUUCGGUACAUUUCACAGACGCAGGGUUUGCCAGCAGAGUACUUGCUAAGUGCAGGUACAAAGACGACAAGGUUUUUUAACAGGGAUCCAGACUCCGCAUACCCGCUUUGGAGGCUUAAGACACCAGAAGAUCAUGAGGCAGAGAUGGGAGUGAAGUCGAAGGAGGCAAGAAAGUAUGUUUUCAACUGUUUGGAUGAUAUGGCGCAGGUGAAUAUGACAACAGAGCUGGAGGGAAGUGACAUGUUGGUGGAAAAGGCAGACAGACGGGAGUUUAUUGAUUUGCUAAAGAAGAUGUUGACCAUAGAUGCGGAUAAGAGGAUAACACCGAUUGAAACAUUAAAUCACCCCUUUGUGACAAUGACACAUCUACUUGAUUUUCCACAUAGUACACAUGUCAAGUCCUGCUUCCAUAACAUGGAGAUUUGUAAACGUAGGCUGAAUAUGUAUGACACAGUGAACCAAAGUAAGACACCAUUCAUAACCCAUGUGGCUCCAAACACAUCAACCAAUCUUACCAUGACAUUCAACAACCACCUCAAUACUGUACACAACCAGGCCAACAACCUGGCUCCCACCUCCACCAGUGCCACCCUUUCCCUUGCCAAUCCUGAUGUCUCCUUACUAAACUACCAAUCUGCACUCUACCAGCCUUCAGCAGCAUCUAUGGCUGCAGUUGCACAGCGGAGCAUGCCUCUUCAGACAGCAGCAGCAGCACAGAUUUGCGCCAGGCCUGAUCCCUUCCAGCAAGCUUUAAUUGUGUGCCCACCAGCAUUCCAAGGAUUGCAGGCUUCUCCUUCAAAGCAUGCUGGGUACUCUGUACGGAUGGAAAAUGCUGUUCCCAUUGUAACUCAGGCACCUGGUGCUCAGUCUCUACAGAUCCAGUCUGGACUGCUAACACAGCAGGCCUGGCCGACAGGCACACAGCAGAUUUUGUUACCACCAGCCUGGCAACAGCUGACCGGAGUGACUGCCCAUACAUCCAUGCAGCAUGCUGCAGUUAUUCCUGACACCAUGACAGGGACACAGCGGCUGGCAGACUGGAGAAAUACUCACACACAUGCCAGUCAUCAUUAUAAUCCCAUCAUGCAACAGCCAACCUUGCUAGCAGGGCAUGUCACACUGCCAUCAGCUCAGUCGUUGAAUGUUGGCGUGGCUCAUGUGAUGAGGCAACAACCAACCAGCAGUUCGUCUUCAAAGAAGAACAAAUUGCACCAGUCAUCAUCAAGAAAUGUCUCAGCAUGUGAAGUCUCUUCUUCUCAGUCGAUUAGUUCUCCUCAGCGAUCAAAACGGGUUAAAGAGAACACACCUCCACGGUGUGCAGUUGUGCAGAGUAGCACAUCCUGCAACACAUCUCUGCACUGCAGCUGGGGUGAAGCGACCUCUACUACCACCACUACUGCCUCCUCCACUACCACUCGAGGGCAACAGCGGCCAACAAUUGUCAUCCCAGAUACACCAAGCCCAGCUGUGAGUGUUAUCACCAUCAGCAGUGACACAGAUGAAGAAGAGGAGCAGAAAAAUGUGACCACCAGCAUUAUGUCAAAGCAUCGAAAGAAUGUAAUCAGCUGCGUUACAGUUCACGACUCCCCUGAUUCUGAUUCCUCCAGCAACAACAGUCCUUACGCUGUGACACAUCAUGGUGCUAACAACAAAGAGAGUGCUUUCAAUACCAAGGCAGUAGUCAACACCCAAUGCAGUGGCAACCCCCGGACUAUUAUUGUUCCACCAAUGAAAACUCAGUUGAACGAUGUCCUUGUGGAAUGUGACAGUCUUGUAGCAGAUGCCAUGAGCUGUCAUUCGACUGCUGUGAAGAACAAGGCAUCAAGCACCACUGUGACCUCCUUUCCAAGCCAUACUUCAGGGAGCUCAUCUUUGACGGUUUCCCACCGGCAGCAUCGAGUAGCCACACAUCCAUUCCAGCAGCAGCAACCACUUAAUCUCAGUCAGGCUCCACAGCAUGUGACUUCAGAGAGAAAUGGAAGCCAUCGCAGACAGCAGGCCUAUGUCACUCCAACAAUUGCACAGGCUCCAUAUUCCUUCCCACACAGUAGUCCUUCCCACAGCACAGUUCAUCCCCACAUGGCUGCAGCUGCUGCUGCCCAUCUGCCCCAUCAGCCUCAUCUGUAUACUUACACUACCCCUGCAGCUCUGGGCUCUUCAGGCACAGUCACACACCUGGUGACCUCACAAGCCUCUACGCGACAUCCUGUGCAGCACAGUGCAUACCCACCAGGUAUUGUUCAUCAAGUACCCGUAAGCAUGGGUCCACGGGUCCUUCCCUCACCUACCAUCCAUCCAAGUCAGUACCAGGCUCAGUUUGCCCACCAGACUUACAUAAGUGCAUCGCCAGCCUCCACAGUCUACACUGGAUAUCCACUUAGCCCUACCAAGAUAAACCAAUACCCCUAUAUCUAAACACUGGAAGAAAAUUGAAGACUGCAUUAUGUGAAGAAAAUUAAACGAAAUGCAAGCAAACAGUACAACAGAAAGGAGAACAGAACUUGGAGAAAAUACAUUUAUUUCAAAGGAAAAAGACAUAAUCUGUUCUACUUCUUUUUUGUUUGUUUGUUUAAGAACCAGUUUCAUUACCGAGCAUUUAAGGUGCAAUGGUCAGUGCUGGUCAUUUUCUGAGAACUUCAUAUAGGAGUUGUUGGAAUUCAUGUGAAAAUCACUGGUGGAACCCAGUCGCUACUCUUAACAAGUGGGUGAGAAAACUGGACAGGCUUGUAUUAUGGAUAAUUCAAGAGAGAGGAAGGGAUUUAUCCAGAAAUAUGCAGCUCUAGAUUUUCCAAAUAAUAUCCCUAGCAGGUUCUGCAAGCUAUUCCUGGUACCCCAGAAUUUAGCAACUGCUUCAUCAUGUCACUUUGUCCAUCUUAUUAUGCUGUUCUUUUGAAAGGAUACUUGAUUACUUGAGAUGGUAUAUGAAGUGUCCCAUUCAUGUAACCUGGAUAAAUCCCAAACUAUAAUGUAUUCUUUUAACAUCUUUAUUAAUGUAGUCUAAAAUUUAGUUUAUUUUCAACAGAUUAUUUUUAAUCCUGGCUCAUUUGCUGUAGAAGUAGAAUUUUAGCUGGGACCCUCUUAGAAAGUACCGUAAAACACCCUCAUUUAACUUGUGUUGAAACUCUCUGAUACCAAUAGAUUUUCCUCAUUGUGAUUGCACAAAAAAGUGGUUUGAUGUAGGCAUGUACAAAAUGUGAUAGUCCGACUAUGUAUGUGUGUAUGGGACUGAACAUAUGUGUGUGUGUGAGUGUGUAUGCAUGGAUGCAUGUGUUCUGAGUGUGUGUAGGUGAGAUGGUGUUGCCUAAUGGUAACAUUUUUCUCAGCACAGCUGUUAAACUGUCUCAGUCUUAGUUUUACAUCAUUCCCUUGUAGUGCCUUACAGAAAACAGACAGGUGUGGUUUAAGGGUUUACUUCUCUGGUACUCAUAGACCCAACUGAGCCUUUUGUAAAGAGAAGUCAGGCUUGUUUGUUGUUGUGGUGGCCAGUCAAUGCCCAGGUGUAAGCUAGGCCUCAGUUACUUGACUGUCCAGAUGGAAGACUAAUAAAACACAGUUCACUGUU